AUGAUAUGUGUGGACCCUUUUCCCAGAAGGAUGAACGAGGUGAAUCCUGCGCGUGAUCGAGAUUUCAUCCAGCUUUCAGAGAACAUGUUGGCGGACAAUCCAAUUGCUUUAAAUGUAGCCGACGCCAAAAACGAUACACAUACUUGGCUACGACUGAAAUUGAUCGCGCCAUAA